AAAGAGAAGGAAAACAAGUCAUUGGAAGUAACCAUCUCAGAAGUCAUCUCGCCGGCUUCUGGUCUGAAUACCGUUACAGACAGUCAUUCAUGGUCUAACAUAAAACCCAACUCGCCCGUUCCUAAUGUAGCGAAAAGCUUUGAAGCCCUCGGUAUUCGCUAUGAAGAUUUAGGUGGGAGGACUAGACUAGAGUUUCAGAACGAGUCUCAGUUACGACAGGCGGGUCAAAAAAGUGCAUCUCGGGCGAUUAAAGAGGGGCAUUUAAGGACAACAGUGGACCAUUAUUGGUCUUCAUUCCGUAGAAUAUUUUCUUCGUAG